AUGGCGGGGCUGUGUCUCUGGCUGUGCCUGUGCACGGCGGCGGCGGCGGCGGCGGAGCUGCGGCUGACCCUGCUGCACACCAACGACGUGCACGGGCGGGUGGAGGCGCAGGGCGAGGGCCCGCGGCGCUGCGCGGCCGGAGCGCCGGGAUGCUUCGGCGGCGUGGCGCGGAGAGCGGCGCGGGUGGCGGCGGAGCGGGCCGCGCACCGCAACGUGCUGCUGCUGGACGCCGGGGACCAGUACCAGGGCACCGUGUGGUUCUCCCGCUUCAAGGGCCGGGAGGCGGUCCACUUCAUGAACCUCCUGCGCUACGAUGCCAUGGCUUUGGGUAACCAUGAGUUUGAUGAAGGUGUGAGUGGAUUAUUGGAUCCUCUUCUUAAAAAUGCAAAUUUUACAGUCCUGAGUGCAAAUAUUAAAGGGAAAACUCCGUUAGCAAACGAAAUGAUGAAAUAUGUUCAUCCUUUUAAAAUAGUUCAUUUUGACUCAGAGUCAGUUGGAAUUGUUGGCUACACUACAAAGGAAACUUCUUUUCUUUCCCAGCCAGGGGAUGAUGUAACCUUUGAAGAUGAAAUUGAAGCAUUGCAACUGCAAGUGAAUAAACUCACUGCUAUGGGAGUGAACAAAAUAAUUGCACUAGGACAUUCUGGUUUUACCGUGGACAAAAAUAUUGCUCAAAAAGUAAAAGGAGUGGAUGUUGUGAUUGGAGGACAUACAAACACAUUUCUCUAUACAGGCACCCCACCCUCCACUGAACUGCCAGCUGGCCCCUAUCCAUUCAUGGUUGACUCAGAUGAUGGGAGGAAGGUGCCAGUUGUACAAGCUUACGCUUAUGGAAAAUAUCUUGGUUACUUGAAUGUUACAUUUGACAAGAAAGGAAAUGUAGUUGAAGCAGUUGGAAACCCCAUUCUGCUGGACAGCAGCUUUCCUGAAGAUGAGCACAUUAAGGAAGAAGUGGAAAAAUGGAGAGAAAACCUGGGGAAUUAUUCUGAAGAGAUUGGAAAAACUAGUGUUUACCUGAAUGGUACAAGCCAAGCAUGCCAUUUCCAAGAAUGUAACAUGGGCAAUUUGCUUUGUGAUGCUGUGCUUUAUGAGAAUGUCAGGCGUCCGGAUCAGAAGACCUGGAACCACGUUUCAAUGUGCAUCCUGAAUGGAGGUGGGAUUCGGUCACCCAUUGAUGAGCAGAGCACUAAUGGUAGCAUUACUGUGGAAGAUUUGCUGUCUGUUCUGCCAUUUGGAGGUCGUUUUGAUAUGGUGACAUUAAAAGGUUCCACACUGAAAGAAGCUUUUGAGCACAGUGUGAGGAGAUAUGGAAAAGGAAGUGGAGAGCUGCUGCAGGUUGGAGGCAUCCAUGUGGUCUAUGAUCUCUCCAGAGCCCCAGGAAGCAGAGUUGUUAGCUUGGAAGUGCUUUGCACAGCGUGCCGAGUCCCAGCCUAUGUCCCGCUCCAGAUGGAUGAAAUAUACAACGUGACUCUGCCAUCCUAUAUGUUAUUUGGAGGAGAUGGCUACAGCAUGCUGAAAGACAAAAAUCUGGGAUACAGUAAAGGUGAACCUGACGUUGAGGUUGUUUCCCGCUACCUCCAGAGAAUGAAGAGAGUUUACCCAGCGGUUGAAGGUCGAAUAAAAUUUUCUUCUGGAAGUCUUACUGAAGCUAGUCUAACCUUGAUCUCUGUAUUGUUGACUGUAACAUUCCUGCACACUUGAUUUUUUGUUUGGAGGAAUACGGGAGGAGAGGUGAUGCUGAGGAAGCUGUAAGAGACCUGUUCUCUUCUGUUACACCUUACAAUGAAUGAGCAGUGAGGUUGCUGCAUGUCAGCAAUCAGCAGCCCCCUGCCUUGUCUUUAACCUGGUGGUGCCACUGGAGCACUGUGUGCAGGGCAAGGGGCACAAUCCACAACUUCUCUUGGUCAGAAUCAGCAGGUACCUGAAACUGAGGUCUCAAAAGCAAAGUUCCAGUGAAUACUUACUGCUCAAUCAUAAAACAGUGACAAACUGAAAUGGGUUAUUAUAAAUUGUCAAAUUCUUUUAACUGCUUUAGACAGCGAGUUAAGAACCUGAACCCAGACAUAAACAAGAUUCUAGAAAUGGAUUUAUUAUAGAUAUAUAUUCCUUUCUUUGGUCUCCACUCAGGGUUAAGGUAUUCAAUCUAAUAUCUCUAUUUUGCUUCCAGUCAUAUUUAUCAUACCUACAUGAAUACCUGAAAGAGCUGGAUUAAACUUGGUGCCAUUAAAAUCAUGAAGUCUAUUUAAUAUGCAAUUUUAAGAAGUUUUUCUUUUACUACUGAAAAAGAAUUAUCACACUUUUAUUUUCCAUUAAUAAAGGAUGCUUGACUUGAUUUUGACCAAUUUUAACAAAUUGAGUAUUCUUCACUCUUAAAUAUGACCAGUUUGGGGACUGUAUCGAGAGUGAGAACACAAUCUGUGACUGUAUUUCAUAUAAAUAUGCUCACUUUUAAACCUCUUCCAAAGAACAAAGCACAGGACUGCUGCCUGUUACUCUGUAUUAGCAACAUUCCAAGAAAACGUCAGAUA